CCUCCAGUACUGAAUAGUGAAUGCUWUUGAAAUCACAACGCACUCGUAAGGUGUCAUCUGUCAUCUCCAUGCGAAAUGCUCGCUACCGGUACCAGUAAGUGCCGGUAUGUACCCGUAGCGUACAACAUCAUGUGAUACAGUGUGUUUACAUAACGGUACGGUAUGUCUCUUUUUGUUUUUAGUCUUGUUUUUUCGUAGCGAGAUAGAGGAGCAUUGAACAUCCCAUGACUGGCUGAUUCUACAGUACAUACUCGUACUAUUGUACAGUAUUUGAACGCAAGAGACCGCUUGUAGAGAACCUUUAGGUAUUUGAACGCACGGGGCAUCCCCAUCCCUUCAGAUGCUCCAGAAGUUCGAGAGCUCUAAACCAUAAGGCUCUUUGGUUACUCUUUGGUUACUGAAUCUUACCGGUACAUCCACUCGUUGCACAAAAAAUACUUAUCCUACAAAGCGAGACAACCUAAAAAUGGGAGCAGGACGAGAGGAUGAAGAGAUCACCGAUCUUCUCACGAAGUUGUAUACUAUACAGGAGGAUAUCGGCGCGAAGCCGAAGACCUCUGAAGAUGAAAAGCGGGCGAAAGCCAACAACACGGCCAAAAUGGGAUCUUCGAAGAAAGCGGAGAAGAAAGGAUCUAAGUUUUUGGAGUUAAAAUCGACCAUUGUUGAUCGUUUGAAGACUAUCCACCAACUUUUGAAAGAUACUAAGAAACUCGAGGGAGCGGGAUACGGAGGCGACAACGCAAAAGAUAUCAUCAAGAUGCAAGCAGAAACUCGCGAAAAUAUUCGACAGGCAACAGACGAAUGGAGAGAAUUAGAAGCUAUUUAUAAGAAAGAAGCACGCAAGAAGAAGAGCAAAUUCACCCCUGAAGAACUAGAGGUUCAAUCGGAACUGACCAAACGCCUCUACGCUGAGAUUGAAAAGGUUAAGGACGCACAAAUGAAAGGAUACGCUCGAAGCCGUACCCCCGAUGCUGCUGCUGCCCUAAACACAAAGGCGCUGGCGUAUAAUCCGUCCGGUUCUUAUGGUGGCAAGAAGCCGUCUUGGGGCGGCACCGGUGGAGGGGUGGCACUUACCGGUGAUCAGCAACAGCAGAUUAUGCAAAUAGAGGAACGCGAUGCCGAUUUUGAUUUACAGCUUGAUGAAAUCGGUGAGGGGAUUCAAGACUUGGCGGAAAUCGCUCAGCAACAAGGCGAAGAAGUUCGUCUCCAAAAUCAAAUGCUGGACAARGUGGAUAAAAAGCUCGAUAAGAAUCUUGAGAGAAUGACCACUGUGAACGCUAGAAUGAAGGAAACUCUUGAGCAAGUCGGGCGCUCCGGAGACAAAAUCAUGGUAGACAUCAUGUGCAUUGUCUUGGCAAUAGGAUUUGCAGCAGUCAUUUGGAACUUUUCCAAGGUAAGUUUUCACGCAGUAGUAGUGUCUUGGAACCUAUUCCUUCGACAUGAUUUGACGUUCACCACAAUUUUAACACCGUUCUGGUCUUGCUGCCCGCUUUCACAGAAAUAACUAGGUCUGAUUGAAAUCGAGAGACCAAAAUCUGGAACAUGCGAAAAGAAUCGUACACAAUGCAGCCUAUGCUCUAUUUUAAUAGCGUUCAUUGUGAACGUCAGCGCCAUGAACGACUUUUUUAUCGAUGCAUCAGAAGUCACUUUUUAUGCCAWUAAAAUAAAUACACAAAACAUUG